CUCCGUACUGUACUUUUCAUCUUUCUGCAUGGGGGUCCACUCCUCUGUCUCUCCAUGCCUCGUUCUCCACAAAGUAUGUAUACUGGGGGUGCCCACCUGGAUCUCCUUUCCUUCUCCCUCCCCACUUUCGACCUGCCCAUCCCAACAUCUUGACAUUCCUUUACGGGCUGUGCGCGCUUGGUCUCGUCGCGCUGGCGCGUUAGAUACCCUGCGUCACCUAGGAAUAUGCCGAUCUGGCACGACCUUUGACCCAUCAUGGUGACCGCGAACGGAUACUGCCCUGGCCCGUUUCUCCAGGAGAGUCUUUUCCCUGCAAAGGGUGGAUUUCUCGAUGGACGAUUCUGCGAACCUAUUCCCGGAAUAGGUCCCAAUGGGACCACCAUAGCAUGCUGUUUACCCUGUCCAUUAGCCGAUUGGCGAUAUGCUGAUAAUACCGCAAAGCGAGUCGGUGUCGCUAGUUGGAUCAGUGUCGCCAUUCUCCCUCUCUGCAUCUUCCUCCUUGUCUCUUACGCCGUUCUCCCUGUCAAAUGGACCAACCGUCACUACUUGAGUAUCUGCUUUACUCUGGGCAUCUGCUGCAUGGAGAUUGCAUUCAUUAUUCCCCUUGGAGCCAAGCCUCAGCAAUGCUACAAUGCCAUCACGCCCAAUGACAUGUAUAGCGACCUCUCCUGCGCCUUCUCCGGCUCUUUGCUCCUCUUCGGCGGAUGGCUCGUCGUGAUGUGGAGUUUCAUUCGCACCCUCGCCUUCCACCUGCAAGUGUGUUGGGAGUUCGUGCUGGGCCCCAAGUUCAUGUGGGGAGCAUUCCUGGCCGGCUUCGGUAUCCCUGCAGUUGGAAUGACCGUGAUGCUGAUUCUCACGGGCGUGUCCUUCCGCUUCGGUCAAAUGUGCCAUAUCAACAUCAAACACGGCUCCCAGGACUACUGGUAUCCGCUCAUCGCCUUUUCGGCCGCAGCCCUAGUACUUCAGCUGGCCACCAUGGCCUACUGUAUGCACAUCUACGUGCGUUCACUAUUCGACAAAUCCGCCUCCACCACCGAAAACUCCUCCGGCCUGCCCAGCUAUACCAGCAGCGUGCGCACCGUCACCGCACGCCAGGCCUACCGCCGUGUGCGCCGCGUCCUCCAACUCCAAUGGCGCGGUAUCGCUCUCGUCCUCAUUAUCAUCGGAAACGUCAUCUUCUUCGCCGUUGUCUUCAUCAAGCUGGACAGAGACACUAACCUCACCGAGGCCAAUCUGGCCAAAGCUAGCAAUUGGCUAACCUGCCUUGCCGUCGGCGAAGGCAAGGAAGCAUGCAAGAAAUACGCAUCAGCAAUGGGGCCCAACGAAGCCACCCUUCUAGCAGUAGUCUAUCUACUCUCCCUCGUGGGAUUCUGGAAUUUUAUCCUGUUCGCACGACCAUCCAUGUUCGCCGGGUGGCUCGACAUCUGUCGACGUGGAUUUUCGGCACCGCGCGAGUUCGUGUCUGCAGACGCCCACCGCAACCUCGACAACAAGGGCUUCGAGAUGCUCACCACUUCCGGUGGAGGAAAAACUCCCGAGCCGUAUAACUACAACAUGCGCUCUCCUAGCCCAAGCCGCAUGAUGCGCUCAGCUAGUCCGCGUCAGAUGAUGCGCUCGCCCAGUCCGACACAUACCUUCAGCGGCCGUCGCAGCCCGAUGGCCGCUAGCCCAACCUCUGAGCGCAAUGUGCACUUCGGACAUCAGGAGGCGCGGUAUACGCGUCCGUCGAUGAGCUUCAGCGGGCCCAGGCCGCCUACUUCGCCGGGGCGUGACUGGGAUGCGUCUGCCACCUUUGCACGGGGUCAUACUUGAUAGCCGUUGCGGUGGGGCCGCGAGGCUGGCCGCGCUGCCCGUCACCUGGAUCCCUACCCCUGCAUGGGCAGGGUGAGGCGAGACUAGGCUGCGGGCGAAGCGAGUACCAUAUUAGACAGAGUUUUCAUCUUACCAAAAACGGUUAGGGUCGGACUGGGGGUUACGAUGGCAGGCUUGGAUUCUUACGGAAAAUCAUGAGCCAUAGGGUGAAAAGCAGGACGGAGGCAGCGACGACUCUUGCCGUGACUGCCCCUGCUAUUGCUACCGUCUACAGUGCCAAGGCGUGCGUGCGUUUCUGGUCCAGGCUAUCGGUGUUACGGAAAAUUGGUCCAUGGCGUCCAGGGUCGGGAGACUGGUGUUUCUUUUCUGUCUCGCGUGGGCAAGGGUCUUGUUCAUUUGCCUCGUUGUCGCCGCUUACUUUCCCAAGUGGAUACGGGACACAGUAUCUACACACACUCACUCGUUCCUUUGAUGGUCUACGUGACCAUCUAUCUUCUCACUCUCUCCCGCCAAACGAUCUACGUGCUAGGUUUGGCCAGGCUCACGAGGUUUAGGUUAUAAUGUCUGCUUCCUUAUUUUUGAGUUAUUCACAUGUUACCAAUAUUGUAUUAUCAUGCAUUAUCCACGCGAUUCAAGGCCUAAUAUGAGAAGAUAGAAAAAGUCUUUUUUUUCAGACCCUGAG